AUGAUACCUGGUGCUCUCAUGUUUCUUGUUUUUCUCAUUUCCCAUCUCUCCUUGAACACAAUUCCUCAUCUACCAUCACAUCAAAUAUCAUCGACACCAGUAAGCAUCUACCGUGAAGAUAUACUUCUAUACCUUGGCAUCAAACCAUACCUAUACACUUGCUAUCUCAAUUCCCUAUUGAAAAUUCCACUAACCCAACUCCUAGUGACUCGCUCCCACAAAAUGAACGAUCGCGAACACCAAGUCGAAGGCGCGACGGGACCCCGUGAAAACAUCCCACGCUACUUCGCCAAGUCCGGCCCAACUGACGCUGAUCCGCGCAAGACAAAGAAGGACGGGGGUGGCAAAGGCAAUUGGGGCCGAUCGGGCGACGAAAUGCAAGACACUGACUACUCGUUCGCCAAUGCCAGGCGUCGCUCCAACAGCAGCACCCAAGGUCUGGCCGACUUCAACACUAAGUUCGAGGCUAUUGACCCAGAGCCGGUGUUCGAGGAAGAGAUCCUUGGUGAAGCUGAUGUGGCUGCCGGGAAUGAUAAUCCCGUGACCAAGGUCGAUACUGUCAGCAGCAACGAUAGCGAGGCUGAUCGUGAGGGCAGGAAGUAUUAA